UAUCGUUAUCGAUCGCAGGCAACGUACUAAAUUUGCCUAACGCGUGUUUGAAUUUAACAAGCGAACGGGGUGGAAAGAGGAAAGAGCAAUAACGCGACGCUAGUUAAAAAAUAUAGCUGUACACCAUAUCCGGAUAAACACAAAUCGAAUUUAGGGCCCUGAUCGCAUUGAUCAUUGAAAAAAAUCCCCCCAAAAAUGCCCCGGGCAACCAGGAAGGCGAAGGAGAAAGAGACGGCGGAGCCAGCAGCUCCAGCAGCGCCCAAGAAGCGUCAGGCGCCUACCAAGAAAUCAAAGAAAGUUGCUGCCGCCGCGGAAAAGGAAAAUGAGGUGUCAGGCCAGGAUCACAACCAGACCGCCAUAGAUGGGUCUCAGCAGGCCAUGUAUGCGCUAAUGCGACAUGCCGAGCACAAGGAGUCGAUGCACCAGAGAUACGUGAAGGAGAUGCAGCAACUGUACACAAAGAUGGGACAUGAUGCGUUCCUAAUCUCCUUCAUUGAUGUUCUGAAAGCGGUCCUCGAGGCGGAGGAGAACAACGAGAACGCCAACCGAGCUCUCAACUUUUGCGCCGCCUUUGUUUCCAGCUUCGCAUCGGAGCUCACACACCCACUGCUGCCGGAGACCUUCCACUGGCUCCUCACUACCUGGUCCGGCAAUCCGUACAUCCGCUAUCGCAUGUGCUACUUCGUGAAUCUCAUCCUGAAGGUAUUGGGGCCCAAUGCCGCUCUGGACGACACGCAGUGCGACGAAAUUCUUGAUGUAAUGCUGGACCGCGUUAAGGAUGUGUCGCCAAGUGUGCGAAAACAAGCCGUGCUGGCCAUGCAGCGUCUCCAAAUUCCGGACAACCCCAGCGAUCCGGUAGUGUGUGCCUAUGUGUACCAUCUGUCCGCCGAUCCGUCGCCCAGUGUGCGCCAGUGCAUCAUAACGUGCAUGGGACGGAACUACAUUACCGUGCCCUAUAUUCUACAGCGUCUGUGGGAUGUGGACGAGAAGGUGCGUCGACACACCUACCUCAACAUGUGUAACUAUCCGGUGCGCUCCUACAAAGUGGCGCAGCGGCUGACCCUUUUGGAGCAGGGCCUGAACGAGAGCUCGGCCAACGUGCGAAAAACGGUGAUUAACUUUAUGCUAAAGGCCUGGAUCGAGUCGUACCAACAGAACUACAUCCACUUGACGGCUGCGCUAAAGCUGGACUCCAAUGAGGAGGAGCUGCUUCGCUUCCGCCGCGUAGCCAAGCAGAUGCUGCGGGUUAUCUUCGAGCAGACGGACGUUGAUCAGCUAGUUUCCCUUCUUCCAUUGAGCGACGACUGCGAACUGCAUCGUUGCAUUCCCCACGAAGCUCUCAACGUGGAGAUGCUCCUAUACUGGCAGUGCCUUAGCGACUAUCUAGAAACCGUGCCGCAGGAAACGGAUCCAGUGUUGCCGGAACUGAGUGUUUUCUGCACUUACGUUGAAAAAUUCUGCCAGUUUCAAAAACCCGACAUGGACAAGUUCGCCCAAGUAGAAUUCCAGAACAUGCUGCUCUCUUUGGUGGAGAUAUUGCAGUCCUACGAUCUGGGCGAUGAAAUUGGGCGUGGGAAUCUGCGAAAACUGGUCCACACGCUGCUGAAAGACUGUCUUCUGGACCACAAAAUUGUGGGAGUGCUGGUCCGCUGUAUGGAACAGCUCGAGACCGACAUGAACGAUAGGAUGCAGUUCUUCAUUGAGAUCAUCUACGACCUGUGCGAACUCAACACCAAGCAGAACGAGCUUGUACACGACCGAAAUCUGAUCAAUAAGUUGCUGGACGACUUGGACACGCCGCUCAAAAUGACGAUUACGGCUCUGAAGGUUAGAAUCCUGGAGCUGGAGGAACAGGAGGACACAUUCGUGCGUCAGAAAGAGUACAUCCGAGCUCAGACGGUAACCGAAGAGAAGGCGAUCGCCACGGAGGACUACACGGAGCUGAUACGUCCACUGCUUGAGCGGCAUGGCGGCCUUGAAAUGCCAGCCCGUCCCAAGCUCUCCAAACAGGAGCGCGUCCUGAAGGGACUAUACGUUUCGUAUUACAUGGUGGCCUCUCCGCAUGUCACCACCCUCACUCCGAGCAUCUGCAAGCUGUACAAGGACUUCAUCUGCCGCUACUUGCACUCCACCGAAGUGGACAUCUUCGAGUGGGCCAUCAAGUGCGGAACGAGCUACAGCAUGUUUUACGAGGCCUACGCCAAGGAGGUCUUCGAGGUUGUGGUGGAGCAGUUCUGCAACAACAAUGUGGUGCGACUGUGCGAGACGGCGGCCAACUGCAUGCUGGAAAUGUUGGACCACCAUGGCUUGGACUACUUCAGCGAGUUCAACCAGGGGAACGCCGGCGGCAAUACCAGCCACUUGUCCAAGUCCAAGCGGCGCCAGCUGUACAACAUAGACCUCUACGAUGACGACGACGAUGGAAGCACAUCCCAAACAAACGAACAGACCACCGAUAUUAUUGUUGUCAUGUGCCACUACAUGGAGAGGGUGCAGAACAAGGGCGUGGGUGUGGCCAUAGCGAGAGGCCUCUGCCGGCUGGUGCUCCGCGGGCACCUGGACGAUCGUCCGGAAGUUCUUGAACUGCUUCUAAAGCGCUACUUCAACCCGAAUACGGAGCCUAUCAUCAGCCAGGUGCUGGGCAUGUUCUUUGAGCAGCUGGUGGCCCGCAAGCAACAGAACCUACUGCAGCCUUGCCUGCUUAACACCUUAUGGCUGAUCAUGAACUGCAGCUUCGACUCGCCACUGAAUAGUGUCCAGCCGGACCAUGUAACCAAGUUCUUCAUCGACCUGACACUGCAGGAAUCGAGUUCCCCGCAGACGAAUAUCCACAAUAAGAUUGCGCUGAGCUUCCUCCACUACAUAAACAACUACUUCACGGAGCGGAAAGAGAUGUGCCGUCUUCUGUCCAAAGAACUGACCAAUCUGAAGGUGAAUGUGUUCAACGGACCGGAUAUUAAGAGUGAAAUGCUCGAGAUGGCGGAUAAGCUGAUCGCAAACGAUUUGGAGCCACGAAUGACCAAGAACUUUGAGAACUUCAAGCUCAUGGUCAAUGGUAGCUUUAAUCCGCCUGCCCGCAAGAAUCCGGAGGACGGCGAGAGUGAUGACGAAUGCGACACGGCAACGGUUACCACUUUACAAUCUGAAUCUGUGGCUCCGGCUCCGGCUCCUACCCCAGCUUCAGCUGCAGCAGCACCAGCUGAUCCCAAUCUCGAAGAAUCUUCAACCGAAGCAACCCUGACAAACUCCAAUAAGGACUCAACGACGCAAGAGAGCGAGGAAACAGCCAAGGAAGCCACACCAGCAGCACUAGCAGCUGCCGAAACCACAACGCCCGCCGCUGAGCCCAUCAUUACCACCUUUGGCCAAGAUAACAUUGUUGGAAUACGUUAUCUGCGACGCUCCUUGGCCGCCAGCCACUCGGAGGUGGAGGCUAUUUUGGGACCGCAGACCCCAGAUCCUGAAAAAGAGUCCGAAGCAGAGGCCGAAAAGGAGAAGACUCCAGAAGCGCAGGCGGUGCAGACGUCCAAGAGGAACCUCCGCCGGCCGCAAAUGCAGCGGCGUCUGGAGAGGGCCAUGGCCAGGUCCUCGAAGACACCCGAAAAGACUCUGGAGAGUCAAGACUCAGAAGCCGAAGUAGUACCUGAGAGUCCUGUAAGAGCAGAAGAGUCGAACGAUUCGGAGGUGAUUGACGCUUCGCCAGCCGCUGCCUCUCCGAAUGCAACCAAUGCUCCGAAUGCCAGCCACGUGCGACUGCGAACGCUGCGAAACCGGAAAGGCCAGGGAGCAUCCACUUCCCUGACAACUGCAACCGCCCCCAGCAAACGGAAAGUUCUGCAUCUGGAGACGCCCAUGAGGAAUGGCCGGAAAAGAAUACUCCGGCGAACGAGUAGCGAUCACCAGUCUCGAUCCUUCCAGGCCACUGGGUCGCCAACCUCCUCUCCUCGCAACUCCCCCCUGCGCAAGCAACAGCGCCUGGACGAAAGGAGCUCUCGCCGACAGGGAUUGGUCGACAACACGAACAGUCCAACGGACAGCACCUCAUCGGUAAAGGAGAACCGAGUCCCGCCCAGCCGCUCCAAGGCACCCGCAACGGAGUCAGAGUCGGAGUCGGACAGUGAGGCGGAAACCGAGGAACAAUCACAGCCGCCCGUGCCUAAGCCAAGAUCCAAAUCCAAGCAGCCAGUCAACACGAAUUUAGGUUCUGUGAGAACCAUGCCCAGCAGCAGCACUCCCAAGGCUUCUCCGAAAGUGACCACCCGGAAUGCGGCCCGAGCCCAAAGAAUCAACACAAUGUGCAUGACCCGGAAGCGGAUGUCGCUCGAGAUGAAUCUCAGUGGCGGCCAGCUCCAGGUGUCCACUCCCAAGCGGGUGACCCGGGCCGCCGUCGCCUCCACAUCCCUUUCCGGGUCAGCGGAUAGAGCGCGGGGUCGUCGGAAAGCUGUCUAAUAUCCACUAUCCACUGAGUGUUUUGUGUUGUUACCACUACUGUUCCGGUUCAUUGUGUACAAUAUUUAUGUAAUUAGCGAUCUAGGUACUAACAAUUAGGGAAUAUUUUAAAUAAAUAAUCGUGUAAUUUAAAGCAUGGCAGAGUUCGAUUUUAUAAAA